AUGGAUGACUUAGCAAUAGCGACAAGCGACCCUUAUUUCAACUUGGGGACAUUCGGUCGCAAAGUCAGCACCAAUUCCCAAGAAGCCCAGAUAUGGUUUAAUCGAGCGCUCGUCUGGACAUAUUGCUUUAAUCACGAUGAAGCAAUCACAUGUUAUAAACAAGUCAUCGCACAUGAUGCAGAUUGCGCGAUGGCAUACUGGGGAAUAUCCUUCUGCUCGGGAUCGAAUUACAAUAAGACAUGGGCAUUAUUCGACGAACGAGACCGUCUGAAUGCUAUCAAGCAAUGCUACUUCUUCUCACAGGAAGCAUUGAACCGCACCGGAAAUGCUUCACAAUGGGAACAGGCUCUGAUAAAUGCUCUUGCGAAACGAUACCCCAAUGAUGAUCCAAGUCGAGAUCUUCUCGCUUGUAAUAAAGACUACGCCAAUUCCAUGCGCCAAGUCUAUGAAUCAUUCGACCCGGAAGACUUCGACAUAAUCACCCUCUUCGCUGACGCUUUGAUGAAUUGUGCUCCUCGAAAACUCUACGAUGCAUCUACAGGUCUGCCAAUCGCCUCAUCCCCAGUCUUCGAAGUAAAAGACCUUCUCGACCGCGCUUUGAAAAUGCCGAAUGUGGAAACACACCCCGGUCCUGCACAUAUGUACAUUCAUCUAAUGGAAAUGUCCGCAACCCCCGAAGCAGCCCUCCCAGCUGCUGAGAUGAUCCGCGAAAUCUUCCCUGAUACAGGACAUACAUUCCAUAUGCCGGCACACAUCGACGUGUUAGUAGGCGACUACAGACGCGCAGUGGAAUAUAAUCUCAAAGCCACAAUUGCAGACGAUAAAUACUUUCAACGGAAUGGUGGUUUGACAUUCUACAGUUACUAUCGUCUACACGAUUAUCAUUCUCUCAUCUACGCGGCUAUGUUAGCGGGAAAAUCCAAAGCCGCGCUAUCAGCAACUGAUCGGAUGGAAGAGACUAUCACUGACGACAUUCUACGCGUUGAAUCACCUGCGUUAGCGAAUUGGAUGGAAUUCUUCAAGGCGGUGCGUGUCCAUGUGCUGAUUCGAUUCGGGAUGUGGGAGGAAUUGAAGAAACUUGACCCGCUUGAGGAUAAAGAAUUGUAUUGUGUGACAAACGUGAUGAGACAUUAUGGGAAAGCGAUUGCCUAUGCGGCGACGUUGCAGCUUAAAGAAGCGGAUAAAGAGCGGGAAUUGUUCAAAGUUGCUUUUAAGCUUGUUCCGGUUACGCGUCUCGAUUUCCCGAAUAAAAUCGUUGAUAUUCUCCAAGUUGCUUCUGCGAUGUUGGACGGGGAGAUUGAAUAUCGACGUGGACAGUAUGAGACUGCUUUUGCGAGGUUACGGGAUGCUGUAAUCUUGGAAGAUGAACUACCUUUUGCGGAGCCGUGGGGAUGGAUGCUUCCAGCGAGACAUGCCUAUGCUGCUCUUUCUCUUGAACAGGGGAGGAUUGAAGAGGCUGCGAUUGCUUAUGCGGAAGAUUUGGGUCUUUUGCCAACUCCUAAGCGGGCGCAUCAGCAUCCAAAUAAUGUUUGGGCUCUUCAUGGGUAUCAUGAGUGUUUGGUGCUUUUAGGCCGUGAUGCAGAGGCGAAUAUUAUUAAAAAGCAGCUUUCGCUUGCUCUUGUUGAGGCUGAUGUUGAGAUAGCAUCAUCUUGCUUUUGCAGGCUUGGAAAUGUCAGUGAGAAGUCUAAGUCUAAGCCUAAGAUGAAUGGGUGUCAAGGUCAAUCAAUGUGUAGGUAG